AUGGCAAAAGACCUCUUCUUGCGGCCUCACUUGUCUCCAACAACUGAGAAGCUCAAGAGUACUGAGUUCGUCAAGAUUUGGGCCAGCACGUCAUGCUACCUCAGCCAACGGCUGGCUCUCCACCAGGUGGGACUUACCUCCUUCUCCUCCCCUCACAUCCUGACGAAGGUUGAUGAAGUCCUGACAGACCUUUGCCAUGGAGUGCAACUGGUUUGCCCCUCCUUUGAAAGACGGAACAAUGCCCCAGCACGACCCUGCAACGCACAGAUGUGCAACGGACCACCUCCUCUGUCCAUUCGGAUGUACAAUAAGGCUGUCCGCAUUCCUGGACUUGGGACUUUUGUGGUUGUCAGAGAGCGAGUAGUCAGCAAGGAGAAGGAUCCGGUGGUUGUGGAGAGACCCGUGUUUCAUCUUGCGAACGCUAUCGCGCGGGACCAUGGCCUCCGAUAUGGUUGCAUAGACAUUCCUGGUCAUCAACAUUUUGAGCAACUGCCAUACGCUCAGAUAGCCUCAGACAACGCUGUCUCUGAGGGCACGGUGCAGCUCUGCGUGGAAAGGACCAUGCGUCUUUUCCGUGUCUGCCUCGAGAACAGGGAUAACGUUGCCCUCGUUUGGAGGGACGUGGGCAUGCUGAUCAUCCAGGGAAGAGACGUAAAAAUGAGAUUUUACACAGACUUUCUGAAAAGGCUGAAUGGGACUGACCAGAUGUUGCAAGCUGUUCUCGAGAUGCCAGAGAUGAGGGACUCGGUCAUCUCACGCCAUGACACUGCUGCUUCCCAGACCUCUUCUGGGCGUGUUGUCGUCCUACCGGGGUACAAGCUUGAGACCGUGCCUAAAAUGCCAACAGUGAAAGCAGACCUGACAGGACAUGUGAAGGCCACCCCAGAGAAGGGCUGGGGAAAAGGUGAUGGCAGUGGAAAGAAAGAGGACCUUGCCGAGCAGCGCCUCCUUCGUCGAGCAAGGCUUUCUCCAAAGCGGUUACCUGCAGCGACUGUAAAGUCAGAGCAGGGUCAGAAAGCUGAGGGGAGGGAGCCUCGCGCCAGGCAGCUACCGGCCAUCCAGGGGAGCUCCUUGAAGGAAAAGGAGGAGAAAGAGAAACAGAAACUAAUUCCUCUGGUCGAACCCCGAACAGUAGACUUCAUUGCCAGAGCUAUUGAGAGGAGAGAAAAGAAUAAACACUUGAAGAGGAAGGAGAAGCUUCCAGAACACAUCCAGAAAUACUUGGAUAAAGAGGAAAAGGAGAAAACAGAGCUGGCGGAGGAGGAAAAAAGUAAACUGCAAACCCGGCCAGUGACCAAAAAGAAGGCUAAGAGCGAAAAGGAGACGGUGAAAGCGAAAGCUAAGAGAGAAAAGGAGACACAGAGGAGCCAGGAAUCCAGUACCGCUGAGCAAGCACCAGUCAGCCCCUCAACUAGCACGGAGACGGGGGACUCCAGCCCCGACCUCCUGGAGACGAUGAUGGAGGAGUGGGAAGAGGCCAGAGGAGAGCCACCCACAGUCUGCGAGGACGACACUGUCCCCCCUAAGCGGAGCCUUUCCCCACGGACACGCCAGGCCCUGCGGCAGGUGGUGACGUGCAUCCUGGGGCAGGUCACCCGCAAGCGCAGGGGGCAGAGGGAUGACCAGACGGAUCUGCAGGACAAGCUCAAGUGCGAGCUGGCAGUGCUGCAGUGGCGUCGGUUGGGGCAAGAGGCAUGCAGCAGCCCACAGCUGCGGGAAGCUGGACCCCAACCUGCACCCCCUGCUAGGGCAGGGAAGAGGAGGGCAGGACCGGUACGUGGUGUGGGCUCCUGGAGGGACUGUGUCGUGUCCACCUGUAGAAAAGCGCAGUGA